AUGGCCUACUUCCCCAACGUUAUCUCGAUGUUGCGUGAAGAGUCUGAGGGACCGAAGGUGGUAGCUCGCGGAAGUACGCGGCACAGCGCAGCCACAUCGCCGUACGCGUUGAGGUCCGCUGCUACGCGAGAAUUACCCAGCUCUGCACACAAUUGGGAAGAGACAGAAAAAUGUAUUUUUUUAGAUUUAAUUUGUGAGGAAAUAAAAAUUAUUGAAAAUAAAAAGAAACUUACCGUAUUAAAUAGGGACAAACAUGCUGCAUGGGAACGUAUAAAAUGUAAAAUAAAUGUCCAAGGUUAUACCAGAGACAUUCAGAGGAUGAAGGAGCAAUGGCAAAGAAUGAAAGUGCAAGCAAAGACGGCAAUACGACGGCAUGAAAAAAGUAUGUGUCAAACAGGUGGUGGGCCUCCCGAGCCCAAACCGAGUGAUAUAGAUUAUAACAUAAAAGACCUCCUUCCACAUGAAUUUACUGAUGAUUACUCUACAUUUGAUAGUGAUAGUUCUGUAAAAAAUCAUACAACUGCAGAAACAAAUUUUAUUGGAAUAGAAGAAAAUGUGGAGAUAGAUUUGAUAAAUAAUGAGACGAAAGAUGGGGACUUUAUUGUUAAUCCUGAAACUGGUUGUUUGGAAGAUAUAUAUGAAGAAACCAUAGUCGUAUCAAAUCAAAUUAAAGAGACCAAGUUUUUGAAAAAUAGCCUUGGUGAGCCAAGUACACCUAGUAAACACGCAAAAGCAAAGCCAAUGACAGAAUAUGAAAACCAAUUGUUAGCUUUAAACAAAUUAAGAAUAGAACAGAUGAUGAAACAAUCUGCAGAGAUGCACAAGGUGAAAAUGGAAAACAAGAGGAAGUAUCACCAGGAACGGUUGCGAAUGCUACAGAUAAAUGAAUGCAGAUGCAAUAGAGAAAAUUAA